AGAUAUUGCUUACGAAACCACAAGCUAUAACUGAAAUAUCCAUACUGUGUUCUUUCUUCAAGCAAAGGAACCAUGGCUGAUGAAUCAAUUGUCGCUGGAUUAGAGAAAGUUCAGGUUGAAGGAACUCAACAAACCGAAAACGCAAAGGCAAGUGAGGAGAAAACUGCUGCCCCUGGGAAAAUUCAAUGUGAUAGCUCUAAUUCCAGCGGUGACUCUGGAUCGGAAAGUGAGAAAGAUGCAUCUAAAGUGACGGGAGGUAGUCAAGAGAAGAAGAAGAAGAAGAAAGCACUGAAGAAGGCAAAGAAAACAAAGGCGACUAAGAAAAAUGGGGAAGGUAAUAGCGCAACUAAUAAGCUCCAAUGUCACAGCAGCAGCUCUGACUCUAAAUCUGGGUCUGGAGGUGAUAGCAGUGGCUCUGAGUCUUGCUCUGGAGAUGACUCCAAAUCUGAAUCGAGAUCUGCAAACAAACAUUUGGAAGAAUUAAAGAAAACAGAGAAAAAGAAGGGUCUAAUUGAGAAAAUAAGAGAAAAACUUAGCCGAACAAAAGAAGAAACUGCUGAAAUUUCCAAUGAACUGAAUUUGAAGAAGAAAGAAGAAGACAAGCAAAAUCUUGUUAAACUCCAAUGUGAUAGUUCUGACUCUAGUAGUGACUCUGGCUCUGAAUCUUGUUCGGAAAAUAAGAAAAAUAAGAAGAAAGUGAUGAAGAAUAAGAUAAAGAAGAAAGCAACCAAGAAAAACAAGGGAGAGGAGAAAACAGAUGAUAAUCUCCAGUGUCAUCACAGUUCGGACUCGAAUUCUGGCUCUGGUGAUGAUAGCAGUGGCUCUAAAUCUGGCUCAGGAGAUGAUAGCUCUGGGUCCAAAUCUGGCUCUGGAGAUGACUCCAAAUCUAAUUCUAGCUCUGCAAGUGGCAAGGAAAAAUCUAAAGUAACAGGAGCCAACAAAGAGAAAAUGAAGGGACAAAAGAUGAAGAUGAAGGAGAAUCCAAUCGAGAAUAAGGUAGAGGAACAUCAAGCUGCAAUGGCUGAACAUGAGAUUUCAUAUGAAAAGAAAGAAAUUAAGGAAGGCCAAGAUGAAGGAGAGAAAGCAAAAGAGAGUGAAGAGAAGAAAAGCAUGUUUGGAAAAAUCAUGGACAAGCUGCCUGGAUACUGCAAGAACAGUGGUGAAUGAAGUGAGAGUGCCAUUAAUAUAUACUACUAUAUUAUUACAUACCUUAUAUUUAUUAUGUUUUUAAUAAUUACGCAUGUUGGUGCGUAUAUGUAUGUAUCUAUGUAAUUUGGGAUGUUUGGUUGUAUGAUUUUCCUUCUUUCGGUGUGAUGUGCAUUUAAGCAGUCUUUGACAGUAAACAAUGUACUCCUUUAUUAUGCAAUUCUACGAAUAAAUAUAUUGCUUGUUUAAUUAUUUUUCUUC